AUGGAUACGGACGCUGAGGCGCCCGUCUUCCGAUCCAACCUGAUCCCCGGGCCACCCGCCACCACCACCAACGGCUACACAUCACCUCCUCCCUCGCCGCGACUACAUCCUCACGAGAAGCCUAUUGUCCAGACUAGUGCGCUUCUUCUUUUACCAGCCGAAAUCAGGAUCCUCAUCCUCGUCGCCGCCUUUGGCGACCGCACCAUCCACGUCGACCUCGAGCCAGUCUUCCUCUCAGACACAGCCACCACCACCACCACUAGCACCACCAGCCGCUCACGGCCCAGCACGCCGCCGGACGGCCCGGAAGGAGGACCGCAGCGGCAUUGGGAUCUCGUCGACCUGUCCAGCCCCCAGAUCCAGUGGAAGCCCAGCGGCCACCUGUGCCACCGGCGGUGCUUCGAGUCGCGCCACGCGCCGCCACCCAUCUUCGUCAUCGACCGCGACCGCUGCUUCACCGGCAGCGCCGCCCGCUGCGGUCUCCCCGCUUACGGUCUCGCCUCGUGCCGCGUCGGCGCCCUCGGGUGGCUCCUCACCUGCCGACAGGCCCACGCCGAGAGCCUCGCCGUGCUCUACCGGCGCAACACCUUUCGCCUCAACGAGUCCCUCGCGCUCGAGAACGUCCCCCGCAUCCUCCCCCACCACCGCGACAUCACCCGCCUGUCGCUCUCCCUGACCAUGGGCCGGCCGCCGCCCCGCGCCGACCGCGUCGCCUACCCGCGGCCGCGCGACGCCGUCGAGCACCACCUCGUGCCGCUGCUCGCGCCGCUGCCGGAGGCGUUCCCCGCGCUCACGCACCUGCACGUCGUGCUCGCGGGGGAGCUGUGGCCCGAGGCGCAGAUCGCGGCGUACUGCGCGCCGUCGGCGGCGCUUCACGCCCGCGUCGAGGCGGUCCUAGCGUGGGUGGAGCGGUGCGUGGUGCGGCGAUGCGCGGUGCUGCGGAGGUGCGAGGUCGCGUUCGACAGCAGCGUCUACUUUCCCUGGCUGCAGGUCGAGAGGGGCCUGGAGAUUGACUUUAAGGACUACGCGGACUUUGAGCAGUGCCCGUACGCCGUCUGGCGCCCGCUGGCGGCGGCCGAGGUUGGCGACGGCGGCGACGACGGGACGAUUAAGAGCGUGACGGACAGGAGCCGGUUGUCUGGGUACUGGGUGUGCUUGGAUGCCUGGGACGCUAUUCCCUGGUCCGUCAUGACGGAUUUAUAUGGGACAGGGCCGUGGUGA